AUGAACAUGCUGCGGCUUCUCUCUCUCUCUCUUGACAAGUGUGGACUUCAGUUUUCUAGGGACCACCUGUUACUGAGAGACGGGGCCAUCGUGGCGCUGGACUGGGUUGUGGGGGAGUGUGAGGGGGGGAGGAGGAGCAGUCCCCCGGUGCUGCUGCUGGUGCCUGAGCACUGGGGCAGCCUCACUCCUCACCUCUGCUCCUUGUGCCACUCGGCCUCUGCUCUGGGCUUCUAUGUGGUGCUGUUUCACCACAGAGGGACCGCGGGCUGCCCCCUCACCACCACCAGGCUCACAGAGUUUGGAGACCCGGCGGAUCUGGACCAGGCGGUGGCGUACAUCCACUCACGUCACCCGUCCUCGGUGCUGCUGGCCGUCAGUGAAGGCUCUGGAUCCGGGACUCUGCUCUCGUAUCUGGGGGAGAAAGGCUCCGGAUCUCGCAUCACUGCUGCAGCCGCCUUUGAGGUGAAGAUGCGGCCCUCCUCUCGGGCCUCAGCACGGCAGGCCUCGGCGGUCGCUCUUAACACGGCUUCUUCUGUGAUCUCCCAGUGA